GGUAGAAGAAUGAUGCAAUCCGCCCCAAUCCCAUGUAUCUCUGCACAAAAUUUCCCAAGUAGGAAGUAGCUAGGUUUAUCCUCUUGUGAUUUUAAGGACUUGGGUAGUUCUCAUUCCCGUCUCAAUGACAAAUGCUUGACCGGCGAACACAAUGCGGUGGUCCUCCCAGUCCCAGUCCCCGAGUAUUUUGUCAUCCAUUCUUGCACUGUUGUCAUUAAGGACAAACUGUAAAUAGGGUUGCUUUUGCUUGUUACGUCUUAUGCUGCUUUCAGCUUUCCCGAUCUCUCUAGUCGGACUCGGUCUUGCGUCUAUUGCCAGCUUGCUCCUGUUCCACGGAGCCAAGUUAUGCAUCUGGUUUCUGUCCGGCACGUCAGUGGAGGACGGACGGAAUUCCAGGUCGCAUUGGUGGUUGCCUAGCUGGUAAUUUCCGGCCCCGGGAAGCUGGGACAGAAAGACUUUCCGGCCUUAUCUAUUAUCCAUUCAGCUUCUCUGUAUCCCACAACCACAAAUGCUCGACCGACCAACGACCAUUACUGUUACCUCAACUACUACUACUACUACAGAGUACAGACAGCUAAUUACUUUUUGUAGUCACCACUCACCACUCGGACUCAGUAUUCCCGUUCCAGGACCAAGACCAUGGUCUUGACUUUCAGCCACAUAUAAGAAUCGAAGCCAGGAGUUCAGGAAUGUCUCAUCUUAACGUGCCACGCGGAAUCUUGUUAUUGGUUCGUAUCCAUUCCUUCCACGUCAGCUCCCCUUCCCCCCCUUCAAGUCCAAGGUUGCCAUCCGAAUGGAAAUGCUGCAAUCCUUUAUUUACCUUUUAAAAGGAGGGAAAGAAAAAUCAUGUCUCUUGAGAAUUGAAGCUUUUCUGUCAAUUUCUUGAGAGCUUAGAUUUCCCUUUCAUGAUCGAGAAUUAUGCCAUGGAGGCCCUUAAUGCAGCACGCUUGACCCCAGUUUCAGUUCUUUCUGAUAGAAGAACCGAACCCAGAAAGAUUUCAUCGCUUCCUUCAACUUUUCCACUUAAAUUCUCCAAAUUUGCUAAUUCUUUCGUAUCGACAACAAACUUACCGGAGGUUCUAUUGCGGAGUUUUAAUGGGAGCCUAAUGGUUCUGUCUUCUGUUCUUAGUGCUGGGCUUGCAAGAGCUCUCACGUAUGAGGAAGCUUUAGAGCAGUCUACGAGCACCUCCACAUCUGGUGGUGGUUCUGAUUUUGAUGUGGGUGGUCUUCUCGACAACGUUGUUAGCUUUGGAGCAGAGAAUCCCGCAAUUAUAGUUGGUGGAGUCACCAUUUUUGCGCUUCCACUUGUUUUGUCUCAGGUUGUGAAGAAGCCUAAGCCUUGGGGUAUUGAAUCUGCAAAGAAUGCUUUUGCAAAAUUAGCCGAUGAUCUUGAUGCUCAAUUGCUUGAUAUAAGGGCACCGGUGGAAUUUAGGGAAGUGGGUAGCCCAGAUAUUCGAGGUUUGAAGAAGAAAGCUGUGUCAAUUGUAUACAAUGGCGAAGACAAACUCGGAUUCUUGAAGAAGCUUUCUUUGAAGUUCAAGGAACCAGAAAAUACCACAUUGUUUAUUCUAGACAAGUUUGAUGGGAACUCUGAAUUAGUUGCAGAAUUGGUCACUGCAAAUGGUUUCAAAGCUGCUUAUUCCAUAAAAGAUGGUGCAGAGGGACCCCGAGGGUGGAUGAAUAGUGGGCUACCAUGGAUACCCCCAAAAAGAACACUGAGUUUUGAUUUUGGCAAUUUGACAGAUGCUAUUAGUGGUGUAUUCGGGGAAGGUUCUGAUGGUUUGCCUGUUACCCUUGGAUUAGCAGCAGCAACAGGUUUAGGUUUAUUGGCAUUUUCAGAGGUAGAAACAAUACUCCAACUUCUUGGUUCAGCUGCAAUCGUUCAGUUUGUCAGCAAGAAACUUUUGUUUGCAGAAGAUCGGAAGGUAACAUUGCAACAAGUUGAUGAAUUCUUGAACACUAAGGUUGCUCCCAAGGAGAUUGUCAAUGAGAUAAAACAAAUCGGGAAGGCUUUUCUACCAUCACCUACAGUUAAGAAGGCUCUACCAAAACCUGUGGAGGGAGCAUCAAACACUGCCACUCCUGAUAUCAUACAGAAGACUGAAGCUGCUACUGAAUUGAAUCCCGAACUAAAAUUACAACAGGCUUCCAAACCUAGUCCUGAGGUCAAUUCAGCACCCAAAACAGAGGUUAAGGCAGAGCCAUUUCCAGGAUUGUCAAGAUCACUUUCACCAUACCCAUAUUAUCCAGAUUUCAAACCUCCAACUUCUCCUUCCCCUUCACAGCCUUAAAAUUUCAGUGCACUCUGGGAUCCAUGAAUGUGUUCUUGCAGCAGAUAAAUGGUCUGACCGGAACAUUUGGAAUCUAGUCAGCAAGUAAUCUAGUUGAAUUUUUGUAUUAUAGAAAGGUCAUGUAUUAAUAAGAAUAAAUAUAUUGCAGGUGCAGUUAUUGUAGAUCUGCUGUUUGUUUUAUCAUUAAUUUCCUUGUAGCGAAAUUCCAUUUUGUUGAUAUAAAUUUUGGAUAUAUUGCCUGUCA